AUGGCGAGCGUCGAUAUUCCCUCGAUCGAUUUUUCAAAACUACCGGAUUCCAAGGAUGUAUCGGCCGCGAUGUCCAAUCUUGGGUUUCUAUUCAUAAAGAAUGCAGAUGUGCCCAAUCAGGAACUUGUCCAGGAUAUGUUUGCUAUUAGCCAGGGUUUCUUUGAAGGAGAAUCGUUGGAGGAAAAAGAAAAGGUUUCAGUGACCGUGCAGAACAGGGGUUGGAUAGGAAAUCGGCAAGAAGCUCUGGACACAAAAGUACAUCCCACAGGCGACCUUAAAGAGAUCGACAGGGCGUUCAAUCUCUCGAAAUUUACGACCAAAGGCCAACCGAUGCAACCCUUGCCACCAACGCUUGACAAGCACGUAAAGACUAUUUCAGCAUUCAUGCAAAGUUGCCACGAGCUUUCCAUGCGACUUCUCAAAUGCUUUGCGCAAACACUACAGGCUAAUGACUAUUUUACUUCUCGACAUGCGUACAAUAGCCAACAUAGCUCGAUUCUCCGGUUAUUGUACUACCCGCCAUCUAAUUUAUCAGAAGAUCAAGUUCAGGGCCAAAUACGUGCGGGUGCACACUCGGAUUAUGGCUCUUUGACGCUUUUAUUCCAGAAGUCGCUCGGCGGAUUACAAGUUCAACUCCCAAACGGGGAAUGGCUAGAUGCCCCUGUCGUCGAUGACGCUGUGCUUGUCAAUAUUGGCGAUCUGUUUGACUUCUGGUCUGGAGGCCGAUACCCGAGCACGGUGCAUAGAGUCGCCCUCCCGACGGGUCGAGAAGCGUCCCAGGGCCGAUACUCGAUCGCGUACUUCCUACACCCGACAGACGACGUUCUCUUAUCUCGUAUUCCGAUCAAAGAUGAUGACAAAGAAGAACAACACGCACGUAACAGCGUGUACGAACGGUUCGGGGUUGAUGCGGAUGAAAAGAUGAGUGCGCGGGAGUGGCUCGAUCGCAGAUUGGCCCCGACGUACAAGUCUCGGAAGGAUGAAUGA